GUGUGUGUAGAGCGAGCAGAACCGGCAGAUCACCAUCAUGCUGCUACUGGUGACGUGUACAUUCCUGCUGUUGGUGGGCCCCAUGGCCGUCAUCAUUGUGGUGGAGCGUGAGAUUGCUGGCUGGAUGCAGGCAUCCAACUACAACCAGGCCCUCUUCCACCUUGUCAGAACCAUCAUCAACAACUUGAGCUACACCAACCACGCCAUCAACUUCAUACUCUACUCUCUUAGCGGAAACCGGUUUCGCAGAGAAUUCACGCUUAUUUUUUGUCCGUGUUGCCUGAAAGAUGAGAAGGCUAACAAACAACAGGAAAAGAAAGAAAAGACGACAACUUGGACCACCGAGUCCCCGGGGACUUGUAUCACCGUCGUCUUGCCAGAUUCUACGUCAUCAGUGUACACAGUGAACGCGUGAACUUAAAGCACUGAACAUGUCGCUCUCAGCAUACAGAGCAACGUCCAGUGAUCCUCGCUCA